UAGAGAUAGGGGAUUAUCUAGAAAGGUGUAUUGUGGCGAUUCAAAAAUUGUCCGACCCUGAUUUGGAAUUUCUUUGGAAACUUAGAUGGAUGAAUAACAUUUCUGAAAUUGAUUUGCUUCAAGUUUCAUCGAAAUUUGGCUGAAAAAGCCCAAAGAAAUGUGAGGCUACUAAAUUCACAAUGGUGUUAGCAUUUGUGGCGCAUAUGUGACAUUUGGUGAAAACCACGUGAAAACAAUAGUACGUUACGGACAUUUGCACGUUUCUGGGCUGCAGGCUGUGUUUGACGUGUUUGGGCAUGGUGUGAGCUAUCAUGGCCUUCGUUAGUGUUGCAGCCAUAGGUGAUUUUUUUCAAACUAUGUCCAGUGUGAUUGAGAAGGGUGAAAGAGCAUUGGAUGGUGGCAAAAUCCGAUCCAUUGCCCUGCAGGAUGGCAAAUACAUUGUGGCUUCUGUUGAGGCCAGCAUGAAGAAAAGGACCUAUGAUGUUCAAGUCACUGUCGAGAACAAGAAGCCAGUGGAUGGAAGCUGCACAUGCCCAAAUGGUCAGCAUCGGUGCUCCCACAUGGCUGCCAUCCUUCUGUAUGCACAGAAGAACUGGUCGCAGACUGAUCGGCAGUGUCAAUGGAACCGAGGAUCCAGCAACGCGACAAUGUUGAAAGCAAAGGAGAUGUUCCCCCAGGAAGACAGUUCUUUGCUGGUGAGCUCUGUCAAAGAGGACCAACUGGCAUGGCUGUAUGACCAGGUGAGGGAGCAGCCAUGUGGGCUGGCAUGGCUGUUGGCUCCAGAGUCUCAGCCUUCCCCAGAAGAGAAGGUACCAAACAUCGACAGCAUCCUAACUAGUGCUGAGUUUCAUGCAUCAGCUGACAAGUCCCACUUCCUUUUAGCAAUGCUGUCUCUUUCAAAGGAAGAGAUUGCAGAGGUGCAGAGGGUGACCAGUGGUCAGGUCAAAAACCCCAAGUGGUUUGUUGCUAGAAAGGGAAGGCUGACAUCGAGCAACUUCGGCCUCGUCUUGAAGGCAAUUGCCAGAGGAAGAUACCCAAAGUCACUAUUCAAAAGGCUCCUUGGUGGCUAUGACCCAUCCGGCAGUGCAGCUGUAAAAUGGGGACGAACCCACGAAGCAGCUGCAAAGCGAGCGUAUGAAAAUCGCACUGGAAAAAAGGUGGAAGAGAAUGGGAUUUUUCUCUCUGAAGAUGGUAUGCUUGGGGCCUCUCCAGAUGGUGUAGUGGGGGAUACACUCCUAGAGGUGAAGUGUCCGUGGACACACAGGUGUCGAACGAUCCAGGAAGCCGUGCAAGCAGAUGGAAAGUUUUUCUUGGACGAAAACCUGAAUCUUAAAGAAGAUCACGAUUACUUCCACCAGGUACAGGGCCAGAUGUGGUUAAGUGGCUUCACCAAGUGUGACUUUGUUGUCUGGACGACUCGUGACUUACACAUCGUUACCAUCGCCAGAAGCGAUUCAUGGACUGUAAACCUAGAACUCCUAAAACAGUUCUAUAGGGUCCACAUGGUGCCGAGCAUCAUCGGGUCCGCUUAACCCGCAGGGCUCAUGCCUGCUGGGCGAUAUGAGAUUUGCCACUGUGAUGUAAUGUGUACAGGUGCGCGCCAGGCUGGUUGUCGUGUUUCACUUUCAAACGUCAAACUGUGUGUAAUGUACAGGUGCGUAAGUAAAUGUGUGUCACUGUACAGGUGCGCGCCAGGCUGGUUGUCGUGUUUCACUUUCAAACGUCAAACUGUGUGUAAAUAAUGCAAAUAAUAAACAUACAUGUUUGUG